GUCGCGGCAGUCUGGCUCUGACCGUGCCAGCGCUCGCGUCGCAUUACUACGACACACAAGUGCAGUGUUAACUUACAAAAAGGCCUAAGUACACAACGAAACAUUACGGACUUGGAUUUUUUUAAUAAAUCAUCGAUUAAACGUGUUUUUUGAUAAGAUAAUUUAGUUGAUACAACGUCUCAGUCGUGUCUUGUUCGUGCCGAGUGAUCGAUCGCGGAUGAUUAACGUUUUUCUUUUUGAAAUAUAUUUUUUUGCUAUUUUACUUUUUUAUUGUCGAGUGCAUUUAUCAAGUUUCACAGUCAGUGCGUUCGUAAACAGUUGGAACUUUGGAUUUUGACGUAAAUAGAUAAGAAUACAAAAAAAAAACAACAAAAAUGUCACUAACCAGAGACUAGCGGAACGCGUCAAGAAAACCGCAAAAAUGUCAAUACACACACGAAAGAGGUUGAUGCGGUGACUAAAUACUUUUGGCUAUAAAAAAAGAAAAAAGUUAAAAUGGCGUUGCUGACGAAUUCGGCGUCGGCGACAGGACCGACGGCCGGUGGGCCGACGGCUCCCCAGGCCCAUUCAGCGACGCCUCUUCACCACUACUUCCACUACUUGAAGCAGCCAUCCCCUUUGGCACAGAACCCCUAUGCCCACCACUCGAGUGCGCAUCACAUGGGCAUGGGCCCAGGCCCUUUAGGAGGCUUAGGGCCUUUCGGGCUGACCCCACAUGGUUUAGAAGCUGUUGGAUUUCCUCAAGAUCAAUACGAAAAACCAUGGAGCUGGAGUGUGAAUCCUAGAAAGCAAAGAAGAGAGCGAACAACAUUCACUCGUGCGCAGCUGGACGUGUUAGAAGCACUAUUUGGGAAGACAAGGUACCCCGACAUCUUCAUGAGGGAAGAGGUCGCGCUGAAGAUUAAUCUACCAGAGAGUAGAGUGCAGGUUUGGUUCAAGAACCGAAGAGCAAAAUGUCGACAACAACUGCAACAGCAGACGAACACACAGAUAUCCAGUAAAUCCACGUCCAGCUCCAAGUCCUCAGUGGCCAACAGCAGCAUCAAGGCUUCCACGAGCUCCUCGAAGAUAACCACUUCCAAAUCCCUCACCAGCUCCUCAAACGUACCAACCACCCAGAACUCUAGUAUCACCACUUCUUCUCCGAACCUUCCCAUAACCCCCACGACUUCUGUCAGUCCCCCCAUCAACGUCAUCUGCAAGAAGGAGUCAGCGGGAUCCAACUAUGAGAGUUCACCUCUGAACAAAAAUAAUAGUCUAACUUCCCUAUCCCAUUACAAUUCCAAUGAGCUGAGAAUAAGUGGUGGAAAAGAGUCCUCGCCUUCGGAACCUGUAUCCAACAUCCAUGGUUAUGGAGUCACUCCGAAACAGGAGCUGUACAGCAGUCCGAAGAGGCUGGAUUACUCCAGCAAGUUGGACUACACGGAGAAGUUCGGGAGUAACCUAGUAAAGGACCAGUAUAGCUCCCGGUUGACGGGUAACCUCACUCCUCUGGGGUCCAACUCCUCAAUCAUGACCACCCCGUCCCCUCCCAUUACUCCUCAGAGUAUAAACGGGCCAGGGAACGUGUACCACCCGGACAGUUACAACAGUUUUCACUGGCCGGGCAGUUCCGACUACAUCAGGAGUUACUCGACAUCACACCAUCAUCAAGGCUACGGGCAGAGCGCGUACAAUUCGCCAUAUUAUCCUAGUCAGAUGGAAUACUUCAACGGUUCUUCUGUGAACCAAACGCACGGCAGUCACCAUGGUCACAACCUGACUGCGAACGGCAACCAGCUGUACAACCAAGUAUCCUUCGGCAACCCGUCUCCUCCAGGGGCCUGGGCAUCACACCACAACAUCCUUUCUUCAGGCCCAGAAUCGCCAGAGAACCAAUCCCAAAACUCGCCACAUUUGAGCAUGCUACAAGCCUCGCAAAUAACGAACUUUUCAAAUACGGGGAACAGUUAUUUCGCGCCUGAAAAGUACGGUAUCAAUAUGGUUUAGUACAUCUAGUCCUUUAUUUUGUAGUUUGUACAUAUUAUGUCUGUAUAGUGGGUGUGCGAGGACGACUGGGAACGAGUUUGUAUGCUUUUGAAACCUGUCAUUGCUUUUUUGACACCUGUCAGUUGCGUUUAGUUAUCGCAAGUUGUAAGUAAAGUUUCGAUACAACUUUUCUCUCUCGUAUUUUUCUUCAUUUUCAUCUUUUAUUUGUACUCGAGUGUUCUUUAUUUACUUUUUCUUCAGUAAAAUAUGAAAGUUUAUAAAAAUACGAUGUAAGUACAUAUCAAUCAACGUGUUGUUGACUUAUACAAAGCAUACAAAUUCAUUUUCAAUCGUCCGUGUUUACUUCAAAUGUAGAAAAGCGUUACUAUAAUUACGUUGUAAAUAAUUAUUUUUAACAAGACUUGUUGUCAUAUUUAGGUACUAAAAAAGUUAUUUAUUAUCAAAAAUUAAUACAAUAUGAAUUCAAGUCUUGUUUAAACUAAUAUUUACAAGAAACACUUUAAUUAAUUUUACAUCAAACGCUACUAUAAAACGAUUUUCAACGAAAUCAUUGUCGAGAGGCCUAAUUUUUUAAACGAAGGAGUUACAUACUAUUGUAUAGUUUAUCUAUUAUUAAUUUUGUCUUAUAAAUAAACGUGAAGAACAACAAAUGGAAACAAAUUUCGUUUUUUAUUGCAAAAGAACAUUUUUGCGUUCAAAAUGGGAAAAGAAUUAUAUGGAAAUUGUGUAAAGAUUUUAACUUGAACUUGCUUCCCCGCGCCCGUCUAAAAACACCUGAAAUCAUAUCACAUUAUUAUAUUUAAAAAAAGGAGUUACUUAGGAUAAAUUUAGUGAGGGAAUUCGCUAAAUUAACGAAAUAAUUAAACGUUACUUGUAUUAAAACGAAAAAAAAAAACAUCAGCAACUUUUUCAUAAUAUUUAUAAUCAACAAACUUCAACAUUAACUUAAAAGAGACAUAAGUGUCAAAAUAAACAAUUUUUAAUUCUAAAAAAAUAAUUUCGUUAUAUUUCAAAAAUUUACACUCGCCUGCACAUCAAAGUACACCAAUUUUCCAAAUUGCUUUAAUAGAUUUUCAACCGUGAUUACUUCUUUGUAGAGUUGAAAAUCUUUUAACAGUUUGGUAUAGCUUGAUGUGAUUUGUACAUAAGGUUUUUCUUCAAAGCUGAUGUGUAUGUACCUAAGUUUUAAUAUAAGUAACGUUACAUAGUUCUAUUGUACAUAAAGUAUAUGUUAAGAAUUUUAUUUUGUAUAUGUGUGUGCUACGAAUGUAUAUGUGGGUUAUUAUUGUCUAGUUUUAAGCGAUUGUAAUUUUUUUUUGUAAUUUUUAGACCAGUGACAACCCUGCCAUAACUUAUACAAAAUAAUUUUAAAUUUCGUAAAACAAUGAAAUUUUAGGGUAAAUCCGUAGCCAUCUUUGGAACAGGGAUUAAAAUAUUAUUCAAAAGAAAAUUUUAAUAUCUGAUUCAUGAAAUUUUAACUUAUUUAACAUUAAUUUCUUAUAAUUUUUUAUUCAUUGACACUUACUUUGUAUAUUAAAAAACAAACCUGAUCAAAGAUGGCUACUAAACGUAAUUGGCGCCCAUGACAGUUGCACAUUGCCGCCAAAAUGGCGGAUUAAAGAUUAAAGAAAAAUAAAAAAUCUCUUUGACUCGUAAUCGGGUUCUUGAGUCCGAUUAUAAUCAGAUCAGAGUACUAUAAUGAGAUUAUUAGUUAAUUUAUAUUGUGUUAUGAGUUAAAAAGGGAAAAUUUAUAGUUUUGAGCGGGAAAUAUGGGCCUAAUGUCUUCAUAAGUUAUUGAGCCGCGAUUCGGGGUUACUUAAACAUCGGUAUAACUUUUAUUUGUAAAUAUAUUCAACAACUUUGUAAAGAUUUACUUUGCUUUUUGUUCUAAAGGUAAUUCACGUUAAGGGGCAUAAAGAACUAACCCCAUUAUAAUAUAAAGAUAAUUAAAAUAUUUACCUAAACAAAACAGCAAGUAAAUCAUAGAAUAUUUUAAAUAUUAUUUUAUAUUUUUUAAACGUCAGAAUAAAUAAUUUAUUUAAAUAUUUUUUUUUUCUUUCAAGAAUAGUAUAAUUUUAUUACCUAUAUUUUUUUAUAACGAUCGAUGUUUGAGGGAUACCAGCGUUGAAAACAAAAUUUCCCAACUUGGUAGUUUUUAAUGUAAUGAAAUUGUAAUUUAUAGUAAAUAUUAAGCUUGGAAAUAGCUAAAUAGUUAAGUACAUUACUUGUACGGUUCUAUCAAGAGUCAGUGUAUUUUUUUUAAGUUACGUUGUAUUAAUUAUUAACUGAUAGCUAUUGAAAUAUUGAAUCCGAAUAUAUGCAUAUAAAAUACAA